CCGCCUUCUUCAACGUCCCAUUGUUUGCAUCAGACCGAGAGGCUGUCUGCGCCGCCGUGUUCCUGGAGAAGAAGACUCGGCCUACCGACCCUCAUUUAAACGAACCACCAGCGGAUAGCCAUCGGGAACCGCGGGAACCUUCUCGAGUUUCUCCGUCCGAAACCCUUUGUAUGUUAACGGAUUAAACCACCGAACCAUGAUGAUGGACGACGACCAGCCCAGAACCCUGUAUGUGGGGAACCUGUGCAGGGAUGUCACCGAGCCGCUGAUCCUAGAGCUGUUCCAGCAGAUCGGGCCAUGCAAGAGCUGUAAAAUGAUUAUUGACACGGCCGGGAAUGACCCCUACUGUUUCAUCGAGUUCUACGACCACAGGCAUGCAGCUGCCUCGCUGGCAGCCAUGAACGGACGUAAAAUCAUGGGUAAGGAGGUCAAAGUCAACUGGGCCACAACACCAACCAGCCAGAAGAAAGACACGAGCAAUCACUUUCACGUCUUUGUCGGGGACCUCAGCCCUGAAAUCACCACAGAAGAUGUCAAAGCGGCAUUCGGGCCUUUUGGCAGGAUAUCGGAUGCCAGGGUGGUGAAGGACAUGGCGACAGGGAAAUCUAAAGGCUAUGGUUUUGUGUCUUUUUUCAAUAAGUGGGACGCAGAGAACGCCAUCCAGCAGAUGGGGGGUCAGUGGCUUGGGGGGCGGCCCAUCCGGACCAACUGGGCUACAAGGAAGCCCCCCGCCCCCAAGGCCAACUAUGAAAGUGCGUUGACAUACAACUGCAAGCACCUGUCCUUCGAGGAAGUCGUGAACCAGUCCAGUCCGAGCAACUGCACGGUGUACUGCGGGGGCGUGAGCACGGGCCUGACAGAGCAACUGAUGAGGCAGACGUUCUCCCCCUUCGGACAGAUCAUGGAGAUCCGGGUGUUCCCAGACAAAGGAUACUCCUUCGUGAGGUUUAACUCCCACGAGGCCGCGGCCCACGCCAUCGUCUCGGUCAACGGCAGCUCACUAGAGGGCCACGUGGUCAAGUGCUACUGGGGCAAGGAGACCCCCGACAUGGUGAACCCCAUGCAGCAGCAGAUGGCCCUGCCCCAGGUGGUUAGCGGUGCGCAAGGAUUGGCUUCUCUAAAAAAUCAGAACAAGGUGGGGUACCCGGCCGCCCAGCCCUACGGCCAGUGGGGCCAGUGGUACGGCAACGGGCCCCAGAUCAGCCAGUACGUCCCCAACGGCUGGCAGAUGCCCACGUACGGCGUCUACGGGCAGGCCUGGAACCAGCAGGGCUUCAACCAUUUACCGGCCAGUGCUGGGUGGAGUGGCGUGGGGGCCCUGAGUAACGGAGGGGUAAUGGAGGCUUCCCAGGGAUUGAAUGGGAGCAUGCUCGCCAGCCAGCCUGGCAUGGGAGCCACAGGAUACCCCACACACUGAGUUAGACCGGGCGGGACGCUUCUCCCCUCCUGUUGGAUUUUUGUUAUUAUUUUUGGGGGGGUUUUGGGUUAGUUUGUUCUGUUGUCCGCCGUCAGUGAGUCUCUGGCUGCUGCCCCCCCCCCCCGCGCGGGGCAGUGAGACCUCCUGCGACCGCUGGCCGGACUUAAGACUCUGGGCUCGGGUCGUCUUAAAGGGCGCUCGUAGAGGAUGUAUAAAGGGGUCAUGGGGUGGGCGGGGCCUAGGCUGAGUUAGGGAGGGGGGGGUUUGGGUGGGGGUGGGGGGGGGGGGGGGAGGUGCCCUGGGGGAAACUGUUUCACCCGUACAGGUAACCACGCCCUUUUGGUUUUUCGGGGGUUUUGUUUUGUUCCUGGCCGGCGAGACCGGCCGCGACCAGCGGGCCGUGUUUAAGUUAACUGUAAAUGAAUAUAAAACUGUAAAGAGGAAAGCUUUUUGGAUUUGCGCUACCCCCCCCCCCCCCUCCUCCCCCCUGUCCCCCCCCCCCCCCUCCUCCACCUACCCCCCUCCCUCAACGAGUUUUACAUUUGACUGAACUGCUUCCAUUUCCACACCUUUCCGCUGGGGAAGGCGUCGAGGGGUCAAUGUCUUUGGUUAUUUUCUUUUUUUAAAUGAAAACCUUUCAGUCUGGAUCAUGCUCUAAGUUAUAAACUUAAGUUCUAUUGUUUUUUUUUUGAGGAAUAGAAAUCGUUUAGACCUUUUUGUUUCCUCAUUUUCUAUUGGAUUUCCAACCAAUUGCAGGGAUUCUUGACUCUGCUGUCUCUGUAAGGGCAGAUAAAUAUUGCACAGUUUUCUCUUCUCGUACUUCGACAAAUUUUUAUCACCAAGAGUUUUGUUUUGUUUUCGUUUAUUUUUACUUUCUUUGUGCAUUCCAUUCCUCCAUGUUUAGGACAGCCUCAAAAAUAUUUUUCCUCCACCUGUAAAUAACCACACAUUCAUUUGAAACCAUGUAAGUAAAAAAAAAAAAUGCUACUGUUAACUUUGGGUGCUUGCUUUUUUUUUUUGAUUACUCGACAGUUAACUCUUAACAUUGUUCGUAGCAGAGGGCCACUAUCACAGUGCACAACGCGCGCUCCCCAUUCUUCCAGCAGGGACUAGGCCGCGCUGGUGACGGCAGUGCACACGUUUAAAUAAUAAAAGAAAAACCUUCACGACAACGAUUCAGAUUUUAAAAGGGGUGAGCAUGUGUUGACAUUUCUGACUUUGUUUUUGUAAUAACUAUUGAAAUGCCAGUAUUUUGUAUCACAAACCUGUGUGGAUUCAAUUUUUACACUGUUGCCCUUUUUGCCAGAGAAAUGGGAGGCCUACAUUAUAACUGUUGCCUUAUAGAGCUGGUUUCUUUUAUCCGACACGGCAUUCUUUUAAAUUAGGCAGUGCCUACAUAUUUUCAGACCCGUUCUCCCCCAGGAGUUGGCCCUGAAAACUGAUAAUGACUCUGCUAUGUAAUCAAUGUUUUCUUGCUUUGUCCAAUUAAAAUGCUGAUGCGAAUAAAA